UCUGUUCUCUUCAAUUUUUUUAAGUAUCUGCCAGAGAUAUAUUAUUAAACUUAUCUGGUAUCAACUGCUUCAACGAAUUUAUUCAAAAUGUAGCUUUAUUUGUUAGUGUCACAUACUUUUGGCCCAUUAUUCCCUCCAGAGUGAUUAUUCAGUUUAUUCAGUUCUAUUUAUGGUCCUCUAUGGGUUCCACAUCGUUAUUGCACAACAACAAAAAUUGAUGAUUGUUUUUAUGCAAUGUGCAUGCGUUCACAUAAGUCGAAAGUAGUAAAAAGACGAAUUUUCUUUCUUCAUUGGAAUUUGGUUAUUUCGUCUUGUUUUCUCUUCAUGUAAUUUCUUUGACAAUUUCAUUCAUAUAAAAUGGAUAAUAUUACCAAAACUAUUAAAGAUUUUGAUUUGGAGGCUUCAGAUUUAGAGUAUUCAGAGGAUGAUGAUUCAGAUUUAGAAUAUUAUGUGGGGGCAGAAGAUAACGAACAUGCCCUGAAAUCUAUUUCCAGGCCCCAAUGUCCACAACCGAAUCAACAAAAGGGAAAACCUAGCACUUUUCAGCCAAAUGAAGGCCUCUGGCAAAAGUACAGCCACAAAAUAUCAAUCGAAAAUUACAUUAGUUCACGACUUCCUUCUGCUCAAAAAUUUUUUGAUCAGGAGGGUAGAAAUAAAGUUGCCCGAGUUAAGGAUAAAGAAAGUAGAGCUACCAUGGAGCAAGUAUUAGAUCCCAGAACACGGGGAAUUUUAUUUAAAAUGUUGAAUAAACGUAUUAUGUCUGAAAUUCAAGGUUGCAUCAGUACCGGUAAGGAAGCCAACGUAUAUUAUGCGCCAACUGAAAGUGGUUUAGAAAGAGCAGUCAAAAUAUAUAAAACUUCUAUACUUACAUUCAAAGAUAGAGAUAAGUAUGUCAGUGGAGAUUAUAGAUUUAAGCAUGGUUAUUGUAGAAAAAAUCCUAGGAAAAUGGUUCGCACAUGGGCUGAAAAAGAAAUGAGAAAUUUAAGUCGAAUUCAUUCAUCUGGUUUACCAUGCCCUAAGCCAAUAAUUUUGAAAAGUCAUGUCCUGGUUAUGGAAUUUGUUGGCAAAGAAGGUUGGCCUGCUCCAUUACUAAAAGAAUCGAAUGUGGAUGAAGAAGAAUAUGGUUCAUUAUAUAUACAGUGUGUUUCACUUAUAAGGGAUUUAUACCAUAAAUGCAAGUUGAUUCAUGCUGAUUUAAGUGAAUAUAACUUGCUGUAUAUGGAUGGCAAAGCUAUCAUCAUCGAUGUAUCUCAAUCAGUCGAACAUGAUCACCCACAUGCAUUGGAGUUUUUGAGAAAAGAUUGCACAAACAUAACAGAAUAUUUUAGAAGAAAUGGUGUUUCUGUUAUGACUGUUAGGCAGCUUUUUGAUUUUGUGACAUCUUCUUAUGAAGAUUUGGAUGUAAAAAAAUAUGUUGAGGAUAGAGUCGCUGAAAAUAUUAAAAAAGGGGUGACAGAGGAGGCAAAAGUGGAUGAAGAAGUUUUCAAGCAAGCUUUUAUUCCCAAAAGACUGGAUGAAGUUAUUGAUGCAGAACGGGAUGUAUUUUCUCCUGAGAAAAAUGAUACAACGUAUCAAACUUUAACUGGGCCCAAAUCUGGUGAAAAUAUGGAAUCAAAUUCCUCAGGUGAUUCCAGUUCUGAUGCUUCUUCAGAUAGUGAAGAUGAGUGUCAAGAAAAAGCUUUUUCUAGCUCUGCGAGGCCAAGAGAAGAAUCCCCCAAUUCCAAGAAAGAAAGAAAAAAAGCUCUUAGAGAUGCUAGGAGAGAGAAACAGAAAACUAAAAUACCAAAGCAUAUUAAAAAAAGGAAAGAAAGACUUGGACGUGAAAGCAGAAAAAUUAAAAAAUAAACUAUGCUUGUAUUCAUAUUUAAAUUAUUGCAAAUAAAUUAAAUUAAAAAACUUUUCUUUACUUCCCUGUUAUUAUUUUAAAAAGUUAUCUAAAAAUUAUACAGUAGAAAAUCUAUUACAUAAUUUUAUAAACUGCAAUUCUUGAAAAAUCACAAACUAACUUUGUGAGUGCUAAUAAGGAAAAUUGCCAUAGAGAAAAUUGUACAACUAAGUAAGAACAACAACAUUAAUUGUUUAGUACUAAUGUUGCUGAAAAUUUCAAUUUUUUUCCCUUAAUAUAAGUAGUACUUGAGUAUAUUUUGUGUUUUUAUGUAUUUCUAUCUAAAAAUUAUUUUAAGUCAUUUUAAGAGUGAUCUGUUCCAGACUAAUAUUGCCAUAUACAGUAAGUAAGUUUAAAAAUAAAUGAAAUGAUCUAUAACGCGAAAUUUCAUUAAUACAAAGCCUUGGGCUUUAGAAGUUUGCCUUAUUAACUUCUGUAUAUUAUUGGUAUAAAAAUAUCAUUCCUUCUAUCAAAAUUUUAUUUUCUAAGAAUUAAUGAAGAUUUUCCUUUUCUAUAUAUUUUUUAAAAUUAAAUCUGUUAAAAAUGAACUUCUAGGAUUUAACUUGUGUAAUUUUGCUGGUGUAAGAGUUUAAGUUUAGCAAUGUAAAAGAUAGAAUUUUAAUAGACUGCUUGGAUUCAACUAGGUUGCUAAUGUAAUAGUUCAGGUUUAGCAGUGUAAAAUAUAGAAUUUUAAAAUUCUUGUCUUUGAAGAGCUAUAGUUAUGAGAAAAAAUAUAAUUAUUUAAAUGUAAACUAUUAUCUUCAAAUCAUCAUCUAUACAAUCAUCCUACUUGAUAAAAAUUAAUAAGUUAGAAAGUAGAAGUGGCCAUUGUGCAAUGACAUCACAGUUCAGAAAUGUUGUAGUUAGUUGACUUGUGGGAGUGAUUUGCUUUUUUAUAAAUUUACAAUAAUAAAUUAUUUUGAUUAUAAA